AUGGUUUCCGACGAGCACUACGAGAUCUGCCUCCCUAUCCUCCAGGAUGCCACCCUCGAGGACGAGGAUAAAACGGAUCAGCUGGAGGAUCUACUCCGAAGCCAGACAAGCUUGUCUGGCCCUUCAUUAGACAAUGCGAUUCUCGAUGUGUUAUGGCGAUAUCGCGAUGGCGGCGGCAGCUCAACCUCGCCUCCUCCCAUCCGCCAGACCAUCCUUCGACGACCUUCGCCGUCCCCAUGGCGCGGCAAUGCCACUCCUCUCUCUGGCUCGCCGCGCCUCGGGGUCAGUCCACUGGCACCUCCCGGCUUCGUACCAUCUUUCUCGAGAACGAAAUCGUCAGCCGCCUCUCCUUUUUCUUCUCCAAGGCCGUCUCCGAGACUUGCCUUCGCGACCCCCGUCAUACCCAACAGCCCGAACCUGAACGCGUAUGAGUUCGCCAACGAUAGGUCCCCUUCCCAGGAAACUUUCGGCGAUUACCAGACCGAGAACGUAGAGUGGCUCGUCGCAGACGAUGCUAUAAGCAUCACCUCAUCAGUCGGGACGUCGAGUGGUCUGAACGCUGCCGCCCCCGAGUUCUCGUCCAUGUCAUCGCAGCAGGCUGACAUGUCUCCUUACGAUAUGCUUCGCUCAAUACUCGGUCAGACGAGAACUGACGAUGAGAUUGAAGCUGCUCUUGCGCUACAUGGGUACGACCUGAGCGCAACGAUAGUGUCCAUCAUGGAGAGCCAGGCGCAAGAGAAUGGAUUUAGCGCUGCGUUGCACCCUGAUGACUCCAAGACUUCACUCAUUGGCAAAGCUCUAGCUGCAGAAGGCCGCCCAACCACACCUGCUGGUGGUCAAAGAUCAGGGGUCAUUUGCAAGUUUUACAUGUCGACCGGACAAUGCCUACGGGCUGAUUGCCGAUUCAGCCAUGACCUGAGUAAUCACCUUUGCAAAUACUGGGUGAUGGGCAAUUGCUUAGCUGGCGAGACUUGCAUCUUCUCUCACGACCCGGCGCAUUUAAUGAACAAGCUUGCGUUGGAUGGCUCCAGCACUCCGCCAACAAAGCAAGCCAACAACCUGGACUUGAACUCUUUCCCGGCACUUCCCCCGGGCACCCCGGAACAUCUCGGUGGUUUCGCUGGAGGCGUCAACAUCACUGUUGGAAUCACACCUCCGCCUGGUUUGAAGCCCUUUUAUCAAGACCAAAGCCCAAGGCCCCGAUCUCGUCCUGGAAGCCGACACCAGCAAGCAAGGGAACCUGUAGCCCCGUCGCUGGACGACGCAGACGCUUUCCCAACGCUUGGCUCAGCUGCAGCAAAGCAAGGCAAGAAGCAUCAUGGAAAGCGCGGUGGGCACGGGCAUAAUCACAAGGAAAACUUUGGCCCUAGUUCUCUGGCUGAAAUCGUCAAAAUGUCGCCCUCUCCGAGUUCUGCUUCCCUCCGCCAAGACACAAAGAAGCUCGGUCGAAAUGGGAGCUCCACGAAUAUUCGAAAUGGAGAAAACAGUGCCGCGGCGCAGGCAAUUCCUAACCCGAAACACAUUCCCUGGCUGGAGACCGGGGAGCGCGCCAACAAGGCAUACCUCAAAGCCAGACAAGAGGCCAUCAAGCAUGGCGGUCUCCGCAACAAGUUCCUUCAGAGCGCCGCGCAAGCUUGGAACCGCAAUGACGCAAGGGCUGCCAAAGCCCUGAGCCUCAGAGGUCAGAGCGAGAACGACCUCAUGCGCAAAGCUCAUAGGGAGGCUGCUCGUGAGUUGUACGAGGAGCGUAAUAGGGGCAACGCGAACAGCCUAGAGAUCUACGUCGACCUCCAUGGGCUUCACCCGGAGGAAGCAGUAGAGUACCUAGAGCGUGUGUUGAUGGAAAAUGUUAAGGAGAGCAGAUCGAUCUACGCCAUCACUGGUACUGGGCAUCAUAGCAAGAACGGCAAGGACAAAGUGGGUAAGGCGAUUCGCAACUUUCUGAAUGAGUGGAGGUACGCCUACCGCGAAUUCUCCGUUCCAGGAGACCGCAACAACAUGGGAGGGAUUCUGGGCAUUGAUGCUCGAAGCUACGACAAGUCGUUGGCUCGCGAAGGGACGUCGAGUGCGGAUGAAAGCAAGGAGGAGGUUGACAUCCUGAGUCAAGGAGUGGAGAUCGGGGAUGGCAAGGUUAGGCUCCUGACUAGAACAACGAACCCCUCGAUCCGCCCGACUGCCCCGCGGCACACCUCAUCCGGAGGCUCCGGUCCCAACCCAGUGAACCGACCGUCCACGAUGCCGGCCGACUACGAGUCCGCAGCGCGGGCGCUUUCCAUCUCCCCAAAUCCUUCAUCCCCAGAGGACCGCAGCGACAUCCGCCCGCCAUGGUCCACGUCGCGAUCAUCCCGCCGCCUGUCCAGCGCCCGCUUUGGCAACCGUAAGACGACCGCCCUCUCAGCCGUCAACCGCGCGAUCCAGUCAGCAGUCAAGACCGGUAACAGGUUAUGGACCAUGUACCUCGGCCUCUCUCCCGUCCAGCGUGUUGCGGUCGCUGUAUUCCUGCUUGUCGUCAACGUCCUCGGCCUGCUCUUUCUCAUCUACUCGCAUGCAAUCUUCAAGUGGCUGGCUCCGAUAUCACAAAAGUGGAGGGCGCUCCCGGGAGGGUGGCUGAUUAUCUGGGCCUUUACGUUCAUGACGGCCUUCCCGCCCAUGAUUGGGUACAGCACGGCCAUCUCCGUGUCAGGCUUCGUCUACGGCUUCCCGUUGGGUUAUCCGAUUGUCGCGACGGCGACGGUGGCGGGCAGCUUGACGGCGUUUUACACAAGCCGAACGAUAUUCAGCAGCUACGUCCAUAGGCUGGUCGGGCAGGAUCAUAGGUUCAUUGCGCUGGGACAGGUCCUGAGGAAAGACGGCAUAAAGAUGUUGACGGCUGUGCGCUUUUGUCCCUUGCCGUACAGUUUGUCCAACGGCUUCCUUUCGACCAUUCCCUCGAUCAAGCCGUGGGCUUUCGCAGUCUCGACAGCUCUGGCAAGCCCCAAGCUGCUUGUCCACGUCUUCAUCGGCAGUCGCUUGGCUCUUCUCGCUGAAAAAGGCGACGAGAUGUCCGCCGGUGGCAAGGCCAUCAACUAUAUCUCCAUGAUCCUUGGCGGCGUCGUCGGUCUGGUCGUCGGCUACGUUAUCUACAACCGCACCAUGGCUCGCGCCGCUGAGCUGGCGCUGGAGCAGGCCGAGUCCGAGGGCGCCGUAGCCCCCGGGAGAGAAGGAGCGCCGGAUUACUUUGACGUCGAGAAUGGCCUCGUUGACCCCGAGGACGUGGCUGCGCUUAUGGACGACGACGAUAUUUCGCUCUGGGCCCGCGAGGCAGUGGAUGACGAGGAGACCCAGGUUGGCGGGUACUAUGACGAUGACGACGACGACAACGAAGGGGACGGCCUCAAGGGGCAAGGGGCUAAACACAAAGGUGACAAUGCCCGGGAUGAGGAGAACACCGGGUUCAAAGAUGCGGAUUAA